UAAAACUUUUCAAGGUGAGCCGCCACUCCGUGGUUUGCUCUAAGUGUUACAUGCGGAUUUCUUUCCCCCGCCUGCUCCCAGGACACUGCACCUGGCACCUGCAUGUCAAACACCCUUCCUGAUCCAGCCUGAUCUACUUCAUCCUCAUGGAGCCCCUUCAAGAGCUCGAGAACCAGGCCACGGUUGCCAACGCCGACGUCGACGACGACGAUGACACCUUUCAAGACCUCUUCCAAGCGCCCGUCCGCAAGACGACCUACCUCGUCAAACUCGAGGGCCCGCUCUCCACCGCAUCUAGGAUCCAACAUCUGGCCGGAAUGUCCCGCCUGCCCGAACAAGUCUCUGGCACCGGCGACGGCUCUGGCGACGCAAGCUUCUGUUUCAUCAACGGUGCGCAAAAGCUGGCCCUGGCCGCUGCGCUCGCCAGGCGUCUAUACAGAAGCUUCACUCCAACGUUUAUCCGGAUCAACAGGGCAGAGGAGGCGCUCGCCAGCGAUAGCAUGGAGCCGUUCCUCGGAUUCGAUUCAACACUCACGCACAACCGACCCGCCGAUCCCUUGCGGACUUUCCUCCCGAGACAGGAUCAGUACCCGGUCUGGUACUUCUUUUACGGCACACUCGCGGACCCGACUGUCCUCGUGGGGAAACUUGGAUUCCCCUACCCGCUUGUCUAUCACUCGGCUACCAUUACGGGAGGCGAACUUCGAAUCUGGGGAGGGACACGCAAGGCUCUGGUGGACGGCGUUGGUACUGUACGCGGGUGGGCGUAUCUUGUCACCUGUGCUGAGAAUGAAGAGGCACUUCGGCAUUACGAGACGGAUCGAUAUGAGGUUGUGAGGUGUUCUAUUACCAUUGAGUCUACGGGGCAGACUGUUUUGGGGCUUACGUUUCGGUUUAUUGGGGGAUCGGAUUGAUUUAUUCGUCUUCACUUGCGUGGCGUUACUAUGGAGUAUUAGGGGGAGACUGUUUUGGGCCUUACAUCUCGCUUCGUUGGUGAUUUAAGUGAUUUACUGGCCUUCCUUGUAUGUGGAGUGAGCUAGCUGUCCAAGAAUCGAGUCACUGUCCCACUUUUAUGCAAUAAAGAUCUCGAC